GUGCUGGACAGGGGGCGCUAGUGAGCAAGCGAGCGUUACAACAUGGCGGCGACGGCAAGCUGAUGUCAAAAAUGCUUUAGCCAAAGGUGCCGUGGAAAUCAGCACAUUUCCGUACAGCACGAAAGAAUAUAAGCGUUUUGAUUGAAAUUAGGAACGAACACAUUGCGCGUGGCUGGCAUCUGACUGCGUGCUGGCAGCAGUUCUGGGAAAGAACAAGUAUUAAUGGCAGCUGCUGCCCUGAAGUUGGGCAAGCAGAAAGGCGAAGAAAUGGGUUUGCCAUGUGAAAAAGACACUGAUGACCGAUCGGCACAGAUUAACCAUGAGAGCAAAGGAGCGACUCAGGAUUCAGGUGAAGUUCUUGACUCUUCAGAGCCGCAGAAUAUGAUGCAGUUAGAGAUGCAAAUGCCUAGACACACACCUAGCUCUGAGGGUCCCCCAGGCGUGGACCAGGAAGACCCAGUUAAUACAGAGGGAAACCAAAAGAAGCAAGGACCAAAGGCUAAGACUCCCGGCAGAAGGAAAAGAAAGGAGAUCGUUCCACAGACUCCACCACAACAUGACAAUUCAGCAGUCUCUGAUACUUCUGAACUCACUUCUAGUGGUCGGCCCAAGAGGAGAGCUGCGAAAGUUGCUUUAGAUUAUCUCUACAAUCUUGCCAAGGAUCUUGAUCCUCCAUCAGAAUCCUCCUUGAAAGAUACGGCCAAAUCUGAUGAAGUAGAUGGCACUGACAAGAAAACGCCAAGGAAAAGGGGGGUGAAAAGAAAAAUUCCAGAUCAUGAAAGCGACUCAGAUGACGAUGAGGACUUUUCCCCAGGAGAGAAUGAAGAGGCAGAGAGUGAAGAUGAAGAAGAUGAUUCAGACCCAGACGUCAGCUUGAACGUGGAGUGCAGAGGAUCCAAACCAUCCAGCGGACGACCCAGAGGAAACUAUCAGGGUCCGCAUCCAAGUGGAUUGGCUAAAAAUGUCAUGGAGACCAUUUGGAACUGUUUUAGUAGGACCAAAAAAUUCCGGGAUGAAAACUUUUCCCCCUGGGUAUUUCCAGAGUGGAUUCCUUCUGCCAAAGACUGGCACUUCCUGUCUAGCAGUGAGGCUGAAAAAUAUUUGCCCCAAGAGAAGGAAUCUGCUUCCUUUACCUUUACACGGGAAAGUAUCAAGGGACAGAUCAAACUGCAAACGGUGAAGAGGUUUGAAUCAUUGCCACAUCAUUCUGAGCGCUGGGAUGCUCUUUUCUUUGUGGGGGGUCCUGUGCGGUCUUUGGAAUGGUGCCCAUGUCCUGACGGGGCGGCCACAAGACAGUAUGCCGCCAUCUACUGCCACAAAGGCAUGGAUGAUGAACACAAAAUCAACAAACUGCACACAGGCCCUGUCUUACUACAGCUGUGGGAAAUUGGAGACCUUGAGUGUAAAAGCAGGCCCUCGACUGCUCCUCGUCUAGCAUAUGCUUUGGCGAUAGAUGACGGAUGCAUCUGGAAUAUAAGGUGGUGUCCUGCGGGAGUGUGGGAGCUGCCCUCUACCAGCAGAAAGGCUCCACAGAUGGCUAGAUUAGGUGUUUUAGCAGCAGCUUUCUCUAAUGGGAGCAUUGGUGUAUACAGUCUUCCACACCCAGAAGCCCUUGCAGCACACCACCAGAGUAAAGGUGAAACCAGCCAAGCACCGCUGAUAUGCCGGGUGAAGAAGGUUCUGACUUUGAAGAUGGGCUCUAGCCAGGCAGAUCAUAAAGGUCAAAGUGGUCUGUGCUUUGCUAUGGACUGGGUCCACGUCAAGCCACAUAACCUCUUGGCUGCUGGCUUUUAUGAUGGUCUGGUUGGUUUGUGGGAUCUUGUUAGUAAAUCUAUGCUACUGAAAGUCAGGUCUCCAGAUGGUGGUGUGUCUCUCUACCCUUACCACUGUUUCCAUGCUCAUGAUGAGAACAUCAGGACCCUGUGCUGGUGCAGAGCCUCAAGUAAUUUGUUGGUGACAGUGGGAGAUGACCGCAUGGCUAAAAUGUGGGAUGUGAGAAAAACCUAUGCGCCUCUUCUGGCAGUAAAGCGCUGCUUGUCCCCUGAAGUGAACUGGCCCCUCUUUUGGAGCGGCAUCCUGAUGGCUCCAGAGUGUUGCUUUGCUACGUUUGGACAACAUGGAGUUCACUAUUUUGAUUCAGGUUACAUUGGAAUCAAGCCUUACUUUGUGGUUUCUAGAAAACCCACUAUUUGGAGCCUUUCAAUGUCUGACUGGAUAAAUACUUUUGCCAUUGCCGACAAUGGAGGAGAUUGUUUAUUUAGUUUGCUUCCUGAAAUGGACACUGAUCCCAGCUGUAUUAGACGACGGAGAUAUUCCGUGUACAGGACUGACAUGAUCCAGUUUGAACCCGGUCAGAGGCCUGGAGAUGAGAAACAGGAAGAGGAGGAAGUGGAAAAUGCUGCAAGUAAUCCUAGGAAGGAGCCAUUGAGCUACAAAGGAGCAAUCAGAAAGUACUAUCUCCACUUUCAUGACUUGGACCUGGGGACCUUUGCUAAGAGUGAAACUCGGCCCAUGAUGAAGCACCUGCACCAUCAUGAGGUCAAAGGUGUUGCUAAAGUGGACCAGAUGCCACUGAGCGCGCUCUACAAGGUCCGUUUUAACCCAAACAUGGAUGCAUACAACUGGAUCCUGUCAGGCGGGCAGUCGGGUUUGGUGCGUGUGAACUGUGCACGUGGACUGAGCAGCUCCUUGAUGCUCAAGCAGUUGCGUCAAGCUCAAGCCCAGUUUAGCGCCAUGUUCCAGUCUUAGGAGCCCGCUGACUCUGCAACAGCUGUCCGUCACAGCACAAGUGCACUAGUCUCCACCCUCUCAGCUUUAUCCUGAAAUGGACUGUGCUAUCUUCAUAGGCUGAGAGACUUUUAUUUUUAGAAGACUGAUUAAACACUUUUUAUCCUUAACUUAUAUCGAAAGAAGGAAAGGUAUUUUGAUAAGCCUCUGAAUAUUCCUGUUUUUAUAAUUUUGUGCAUUUUGGUUUUUAGUACUGUACAAAGAGGAAAACCAUUUGAACUUCUUUGCACCAUUUUGAAGCUAAGAAAGAAGGUCUGUUUGUGUUGUGUUAAGUUCAGUAUCUCAACACGUUGUUCUUUCCAAAGUAUGUUUGGAGAAUGAAAUCCUCCGCACUUAUAUACCCGUGCAAAUUACAGGGAGCAUUAUUCUCCGUUUCCUCCUGUUCCAGUUCCGUGCUAUAUAAUGAUCAAACACAUUCAUCUUGACAUUUAGUGAGAAAACACUGGAUUGAAACUUUGAUAUUUGCUAGCCUGUUCUCUUAGCUAUCAUAUCAAGAUGUUUUUUCCCCCUUUUAGCUUAAGCUUUCUUACCCUGAAUCUUAAUUUUAAAGGAAUAGUAACACAAAAAUUAAACAUCGUCAUCAUCAUAUCGUUCCAAACCUGACUUUAUAUCUUUUGUGGUACACGAAAACAAAUGUUUUUUCAUUCUAUAAAAAUGCUCAUCUACAUAAAUUCAACUAUCGGGCCUUUAGAUACAGUAUGUUAAUUCUGAUGUCAGUGCAAUUUGACCAAUCAUUGAUGAUUACAUGUCCAAACACAGUGCAGCCUUGCCAAUAAGGUGAGAAGAUUAUAAUGAACCUAAAUUUGGCUAAAGUACUGUAGUAAAUUAAUUAAGAUCUUGUUAUUUAAUGAAUGUUUGGUAGUUUUAAUGCUUUGGAGCCCAGAUCCCUAUUCACUUUCUUUAUAUGGAAAAGAGUGGCCUUUACAUGUGUGAAAAUGCCACCUUUUGUGCUCCACAGAAGGACUAAAGUCAAACAGGUAUGGAAAGACAUGAGGGUAAGUAGUCAAAAAGUUUAAAUGUUGAUGGCAGAACCAUUCCAGAGCUUUCUUGUCCAUUAUUGUUAUUCCUAUCCUACUAUUUCAAGUCUUUGCCUGUUUUCUGGCUUAUACAUUCUUCUUACUCAGGUCUAGCCAGAGUUGUAAUGGCAUUAUGUACUCUGCUGAUAAUUUCCUGCAUAUGUGUUAAUGUUGUCCCUGAACCAAUAGCACUCUGAAGUUAAGAUCAGGAGCACUUUGAUACCCGCCUCAUAAUUCAUCACCUCAAUGCUGUCUGAGUGAAUGUAAUUAACUCCAGUGAUGAAAAUCUGGAGAGGUGCCAGUCAGUUUAAUGCUGCUUUGGUCUGUCAGAUUAGAUUACAUAAGGUUAAUAAGAUUAUUAUAAUGGAUUUCUAUUUAGUGUGUUAUUUAAAUAUCUCAGUCUCAUUGUGAGACUCGGGAUAUGGUUAGUAGUUUUGGCCUGUUUUAUCAGCAAAUAUUCAUACUUUGUAAAUAGUUUUUCUUUUGUACAGUUUACUGAAUUCUUUACAGCUACAGAAAACUGUAAUUCUAUUGUUUCAUCAUCAUUUGAGAUAAAAUUGCUUUGCAUAUUCAACACUAAUUAAUUGAACAUGGUGUAAUUAUUCUUGUGAAAGACACUGCAAGAGUUUGAUUUGCAUGAUUUUAUUACAGAUUACAAAGAGCAUACAUAUUAUGUGACAGAUAGAAAAUUAAUAGCAUGUAAAAAUUAAAUAUCUAUCAUUAGUUUCUGGUUAUAUAGUGGCUUUUUGUGGUCACAUAAAGGAUCAAACAUUUACACACAGGACUUUUAUAGACACACGUUUAUACAAGAAGCAAAUGUAUAUUCUGUACAAAUACACAAAUCUGAGGCACGACAAAAAUAAUCAUGUAAAUUAUUUCCAGUUUCCACAGAACAACAUUAAUGUAUUUCAGUUAAUGACACAAAAAGCAGAAUGUGUCAAAAAUAUGACCAAUGAUGUACAAUCUCACACUCUGCUAUGGGUUUUGAAGCUUUCAUUAGGUUGAGUGCACCUGCAUCUAAAAAUGAUUUUUGAUAUGUCAUAGUCAUUUUACCUUGAGUUGUGAUGCUGUGUGUGCAAUUUCAAAGCAAGUCUCCGACUUGUUCUAGCAAAUAAUACUAGGAGGGUUUUCUUGUUGUGUAUGUAUUUUACUUGAAUUUAAGAAAAUCUGAUUAUUGAUUGUUCCCCAGAGAUGUAAGGUUAGAUGAGCUAUACAACCUUAGAUGUUUAAAAAUGC